UUUUCUACCUAGAAUCCUCAGUUCAUAAGGCACCUAUCAAGUAUGAGUCGAGGCACGUUAGGUUACUGGGAUAUGCGAGGGUUGGCUGAACCCAUCAGAUACCUUUUGCACUACAAAAAGGUCGAUUUUGAAGAUAAACGUUACGCUUUACGUGGCGACGACUGGCAGAAUGAUAAAUUUCAAUUAAAUUUGGAUUUUCCUAACUUGCCUUAUUACAUUGAUGAUAAGGUGAAGAUGACUCAGAGCAUAGCCAUCUUAAGGUACUUAGCAAGAAAAUAUGGUCUAGCUGGGAAGACGGAAGAGCAAAACGUACGUAUAGAAAUGGCUGAACAGCAAAUCUACGAUUUCUUUUCAAGUUUGAAUCGUACCUGCUAUAAUCCAGAAUUUGAAAAGUUAAAGGCAGAGUUUGUGAAGAGUGUUCCAGCUCAACUUAAGCUUUUUGCUGCAUUCCUUGGAGAUAGAAAAUUCCUAGUUGGUGAUGAGUUGACUUAUGUUGACUUCAUGGCCUAUGAUACAUUUGACUUCUAUCGCCUUCUCAUUCCUGGAGUUUAUGACGAUUUUCCUACUCUCAAAAGCUACUUAGAUAGAAUAGAAGCUCUACCUGAGUUGCAAGAAUAUUUCCAGUCUUCAACUUAUAAGCGAUGGCCAAUUUUUAGGCCUGUAGCUUAUUUCGGAGGAAAAGGCCCAGAGCCAAAAAGAGUGUAAAUUACGUGUUUUGUUUUAGAACUCCGAUCACAUCCAUGGACCAAUAUUAGCUGGUUUAUUUGAACAUUUAAAAAAUGAAUUUGAAUUCAUCUGUUCUUCAUGACAUUGUGAUAGAAUAAAUAAGCAUAACGGUAUGUAAAUUUAUUGAAUCAAGGUAAUAAGCAAAGCUUUCUCUGAUACACCUGUCAUUAAAAUAUAACUAUAAAAAUUUAUGCAUGUACAUGGAAUUUUUUGGUAAAUUUUGUUUGGAAUA